UGCUCAACACGAACAUGAAUUUUGAAGACUAACAUGGAAAACCCAAAGUAGUACUAAGAGAGAAUCAUCAUUCAAACAACACCAAGUUUCCCACAUUCAUGGGUUUUCCAACUAGCAUCAAUCACGUUUUUUUGCUCAUACUUUCCAGCUUCUGUUUAGGUGUAAGCUCUUUGAAUGAUACCAUCACAUCAACCAGAUUCAUCAGGGACUCUGAUUCUCAGACUAUAAGCUCAAGCAACGGUGACUUCAAGCUUGGAUUUUUCAGCCCUGGAAACUCCACACAUCGCUAUGUUGCAAUCUGGUAUCUCUCUCAAACCUACAUCAUAUGGGUAGGAAAUAGAGAUCAACCACUGAAUGAUUCAUCUGGGGUGUUGAAAAUUCACAAGGAUGGGAAUCUUGUGGUGCUGAAUGGAAAAAAUAGUGUGAUAUGGUCAACAAAUAUAUCGGUUAGUGCUACCAACACUACUGCUCAACUUGACAAUUCAGGAAAUCUGAUCCUGCGUGGUGACUCAAGUUUAACACCAUUUUGGGACAGUUUCACACACCCUGCUGAUAUUGCUGUGCCACAGAUGAAAAUUGCGACCAAUAGGAUCACUGGUAAGAAAAUUGAGUAUGUGUCAUGGAAAAGCAGUUCUGAUCCUUCAUCUGGGUACAUCACUGGGAGCCUUGAAAGGUUGGAUGCACCAGAAGUGUUUUUCUGGUACAACAAAACAACGCCAUAUUGGAGAACUGGUCCAUGGAAUGGAAGAGUUUUCCUUGGUUCACCAAGAAUGUUAACUGAGUAUUUAUAUGGGUGGCGUUUUGAGCCUAAUGAUAAUGGAAAUGCAUAUCUAACAUACAACUUUGAAAAACCUGCAAUGUUUGGAAUCCUUACCANAAGU